UCGUCCCAUAGACGAAAUACAUUCGGUAAGGUUGGUGUAGCCGUUGUGGAACAAUCCGUUGUAAUCCUCUCAAACUGUUUGGAAAGUCAGGUUGGUGGGAGAGCUAAAAGAGAUGGGUAAAUUUAUGAAACCUGGGAAGGUUGUUCUUGUUUUGGCUGGACGCUAUUCUGGACGCAAAGCUGUUAUUGUUAAGAAUAUUGAUGAUGGCACUUCAGACCGCCCAUACAGCCAUGCCUUGGUGGCAGGUAUCGAUCGUUACCCACGCAAAGUAACAGCCAGUAUGGGCAAGAAGAAGAUUGCUAAAAGGUCCAAAAUCAAAUCCUUUGUUAAAGUUUACAAUUACAACCACUUGAUGCCAACCAGGUACUCUGUUGAUAUUCCCCUGGACAAAACCAUUGUCAACAAGGAUGUAUUUAGAGAUCCUGCUCUGAAACGUAAGGCACGGCGAGAGGCCAAAGUGAAAUUUGAAGAAAGAUACAAGACAGGAAAGAACAAGUGGUUUUUCCAGAAGCUCAGAUUCUGAUUCGUUUUCAACUGAACCAAUAAAUGCUUUUGAAAACCCUA